AUGAUAUUUAUUGGUUCAAAAAAAUCGUACGGAACAACUUCUCCUGAUAAGCUUUCUGUUGGAACCUCGAAUGAUAGACCUGGCGCUGAGUUGUGGUAUAGAUAUCUAACCUGGGCCAUGGAGCAAGCAGGUCCUUCUUUCAUUAAAUUAGGUCAAUGGGCUGCUUCUCGCACUGAUAUUUUCCCUGAUCUAUUGACAACCGAAAUGUCAAAACUUCAUUCAAAUUCUACUCCACAUAACAUAGAUUCCACGAUAAAAAUAAUCGAGGAAUCUUUUGAUGGAAAAAAAUUUGAGGAAAUAUUUGAAGAGUUUAUACCAGAGCCAAUUGGGGUUGGUGCCAUUGCUCAAGUUUAUAAAGCCAAGAUUGCAAAUUCAUCUCAUGACUGGGUUGCCGUUAAAGUUUUGCACCCUGGAGUUGUGAAGACAGUUGAACGCGAUUUAUCAAUUAUGCGUUUUUUUGCAAAUAUAAUAAAUUUACUUCCAACUAUGGAAUGGCUUUCUUUACCUGGUGAAGUAGAGACUUUUGCUCAAAUGAUGCGACUCCAAAUGGACCUGCGAAUAGAAGCUUCAAAUUUAGAGAUAUUUAGAAACAACUUUGCUGGCCGAAGUGACAUCAAAUUUCCAAGACCAUUUUUGAAACAUUCUUCUCGUCAGGUGUUAAUUGAAGAAUUCAUAAAUGCCAUUCCAAUGGAUGUUAUUCUUAGAAACUCUAGUGGCGGACAAAAUAAAAUGGAACGGUUAAUAUCUGGAAAAGGUCUUGAUGCAUUUUUAAAAAUGCUACUUUUGGACAAUUUUAUCCAUGCUGAUCUUCAUCCUGGGAAUAUAUAUGUUAGAUUUCAUGGUUAUGGCGAUCAAGAUGACAAUGUCAAUGCUAUAACCAGAGAAAUGCUAUUAAUAAAAGAUCACGACAAAUGGCAGGCAAAACUUGACGAUCUUUGGGAAAAGGGAUUUCAACCGCAAAUCUGCUUUAUAGAUGUUGGAUUGGUGACUGAAUUAAACAAAAAUAAUCGAAGAAACUUUCUUGAUCUUUUUAAAGCAAUUGCUGAAUUUGAUGGUUAUCGUGUUGGUGAACUUAUGAUUGAAAGAUCAAGAACACCCGAAACAGCUAUAGAUGCAGAUUUUUUUGCUUUAAAAACCCAAAGAUUGGUUCAAAAUAUUAAAAGGCGUACCUUUGCUUUAGGCAAUGUUAAAGUUGGGGAUCUUCUUUCUCAAAUGCUUUCUAUGGUACGCAGUCAUCAUGUUCGUAUGGAAAGUGACUUUAUCACUGUCGUACUCUCCAUUUUACUUUUAGAAGGUAUAGGUCGACAGCUAGAUCCUGGUAUGGAUUUAUUCAAAAGCUCGAUCCCAAUAUUAAGAGAGCUGAGUUCCCAAGAACGUGGAAAUCCAUUUGAUGAUGAUGUUUUAUCUAUGGUUAAAGUUUGGCUUGCUUUAGAAACUCGACAAUUUAUCAAUGCUUCAAUUCAAGAUAUUCAUAAUCUUGUAAAGUACGAUUUACUGUGCCCUAACCGUUAA